CAAAUCUACAUUGAAAAAGAUAUCACGACCAUUCAUCACCGUUAACCCAUCGUAGACCACACCUCAGCUAAUCACACACUUUCUUCUUUUCCUCUUCAUCUUUCUUUCCCGACACCGAUCCUUUUCCUCCUUCAAGCGCCGCCGCCUCUUUCCCAUAUCGCCACUGUUUCCGGCACCGCCAACUUCCUCCGUGAACCACUGUUUGUUUACACUUGUGCAGCUGCAGGAAUGGUAGGGUUAUCUUUAGGAGAACAAUGUUUCAUAGAAGGUGGCAUUGCUCAUGAUCUUCGUUGUGAUGGUAGAAAAAGAUUGACUUAUCGACCUAUCCUUGUUGAAACUGGAGUCAUUCCUCAGGCAAAUGGUUCGGCAAGAGUCAGAAUUGGUGCUACUGAAGUCAUUGCUAGUGUGAAGGCUGAACUUGGAAAACCAAGCUUGAUGCAACCUGACAAAGGGAAGGUCUCGAUAUAUAUUGACUGUAGUUCGACUGCAGAACCAGCUUUUGAGGGUCGAGGGGCCGAUUGGUUGUCAGCAGACCUGUCAAAUGCUCUUCAACGCUGUCUCUUGGGUGCUAAAAGUGGAGCAGGUGCUGCAAUUGAUCGCUCCUCACUUGUUGUUGUUGAAGGGAAAAUUUGUUGGGAUCUUUAUAUUGAUGGGCUUGUUGUUAGUUCAGAUGGGAAUCUGUUAGACACUCUAGGUGCUGCCAUCAAGGUUGCUUUGAGCAAUACCGGUAUUCCAAAGGUUCAAAUUGCUGCUGGUGCAUCCAGUGACGAGCAACCAGAAGUUGAUGUAAGUGAUGAGGAUUUUAUGCAGUUUGACACAUCUGGAAUCCCUGUUAUAGUUACGCUGACUAAGGUUGGGAAGCACUAUAUUGUGGAUGCCACACCUGAAGAAGAAUCACAAAUGAGCUCUGCAGUUUCAAUCUCUAUUAAUAGGCAAGGGCACAUAUGUGGCGUAACCAAACGAGGAGGUGCGGGGCUGGAUCCAAGUGUCAUUCUUGAUAUGGUAUCCGUGGCUAAGCAUGUAAGCGAGCAGUUAAUAAAUAAACUGGAUUCAGAAAUAGCUUCUGCUGAAGCUGAAGAUGAGUCAUGAGUCCUGACAUAGAACUUUCAACUUAGUGAUCACUAGGAUGUGUUGCACACUGUAAUUUUUAAUUCUAAAAUGGAGCUUAUAUUAGGGAAAAUAGUACGCUCUUAAAAGAACAUGCUCCAAGGAAUUUUGGAUGUAUUCAAUGAGCAUGUAUGUUCAAUACCAUGAGAAAAAUCAUGAACUCAAAGUCAGCCCAUUGUUGAGCUGUUCAUUUACAAUUAAUUUUCAGCACAUGUUUAAA